AUGGGCAAACGGCUGGGCCUUCUGCGGGCCAUUUACCUCGUGUCGGCGAGCUGCAUGGGCUCCUUUGCUUUUGCCUUUGACACGGGCGUCAUCAGCGGCGUGCUCACGCUGGAAUCUUUCCAGCGCGAUUUCGGAUACACGCAGGCGCAGAAAACCACCGUCAACUCGAACGCGGUCUCGAUCCUACAGGCCGGCGCCUUCUUCGGCUGCUUCUUCACGACACCGGUGGCCUCGCGCCUCGGGCGGCGUUCCGGGCUGAUCCUCAGCUCGCUCAUCUUCACGGUCGGCACGGUCCUGCAGGUGAUCAACGCGCACACGCUGGGGACCUUCUACGCCGGGCGGGUGAUCGCCGGGGUGGGCAUUGGGGCGGCGACGGUGCUGAUCCCCAUGUACGCGGCGGAGAUGUCGCCAAAGGAGUUCCGGGGCCGGCUCGGGGCGUGCUUCCAGUGGUUCUUCGCGCUUGGGGUGAUGGUGGCAUACUGGGUGACGUACGCGGUGUCGCGGGACCAGCCGUCGGCGACGAAGCAGUGGCAGAUCGCGCUGGGACUGCAGCUGCUGCCGUCGACGCUACUACUAGCGGGCAUGUGCACCGUCCGGGAGAGCGCACGGUGGCUGGCGACCCAGGGCCGCACGGAGGCGGCGUGGGACUCGCUGCGGUGGGUGCGCGGCGGCGAGGAGACGGCGGAGCUACGGGCGGAGUUCGACGAGAUCCUGCGCGGCAUCGAAGAGGAGACGCGGGUGCGCGAGCACUUUACGUGGCGCGAGCUGCUGCUGCCGGCCAACCGGUACCGGCUGUUCAUCGCCGUGACGAUCCAGCUGUGCGCGCAGCUGUCGGGCAACACGUCGCUGGCGUACUACGCGACGCAGAUCUUCGCGGCGGUCGGCGCGGGCUCGUCAGCCACGCUGGUGACGGGCUUUUUCGGGGUCGUCAAGGUCCUCGGCGUCACCGUCUUCCAGCUGUUCGUGAUGGACCGGAUCGGGCGCCGCGUGCCGUUCAUGGUCGGCGCGGGCGCCAUGGGCUCGUUCAUGCUCAUCAUCGCGUGCGUGCUGGCGACGCACCCGACCCCGUCGACGAUGACGACGACGACGGGGACGACGCCUGCGGGCAUCGCGAUGAUCAUCAUGACCUACGCGGAGGCCUUCAGCUUCAACAUGUCGUGGGGCCCGUUACCGUGGCUGUACGUGGGCGAGAUCUUCUCCAGUCGCACGCGCGAGGUCGGGGUCACGGUGGGCGCGGCGUCCCAAUGGCUGUUCAAUUUCAUGAUGUCGCAGGUGACGCCGCAUGCGAUCUCGAACAUCGGCUGGCGGAUGUUUUUGAUGUUUGCCAUUUUCAAUUACGCGAUUAUUGGAUAUUCGUGGGCUUUCCUGCGGGAGACUUCCCAACACUCCCUAGAGGAGAUGCAGAAUGUGUUUGGCGGCGGAGCAGCAGCAGCAGGAGAAGCCUCUCUAGACAAGAGGCUUGAGGAGGAACCGGAGCCAACCCGGGGGGAGCAGAGUGGUCCGGCACCCGAGGCGUCACAGUCACAGUCACAGUCGCCAUCCCCGUCCUCGAUCCAGGAGCAGCCUUAG